AAGAUUCUUUUUUUUUUUAGUUAGAGUAAAAUUUAUAGCUGAAAGUAAGGCAUUUUAUGAAAGACAUCAGCAACACUUCAUUUUUCCAUUGUAAGCGUUAAAUGCAUUAUAUUUUGACAGCUGCUGUAGCUCGAAGAACGUCUUUGCGGUUUAGAAUAGGUAAAUAGUAGAUCUGUAUAUAAUCUUACGUUAUGGAAAGGAAUGUGUUAAGUGCAUUUAUUCAAGCAUCGGAAAAAGCAGCUAAUAUAGCAAGAGCAUGUCGACAGAAUGCACAUUUAUUUGAGCUCCUUGUGCAAGAGAAGGUAGAUGACGAGAAAAACCCUAGAUUUGUACACGAUUUCAAGACUCUGGCUGACGUUCUGAUACAAGAAACAAUAAAACAUGAUAUCGGCGAACAGUUUCCGGAAUUAGCGCAGCAUAUAAAGGGAGAAGAGAGUAAUAAAUUUCAAAACACUCUGGGUGAAAGUAUAACGGUUGAAGUAAAAGCUGACAAAGAUUCUACAGCAGCGCUGUUGAGUAAGGUUCUGAAUGGGGACACAGUGGCUGCAGGUUUGCUGGCUGACGAAGUUCAUAAGGUGGUGCCACUGGAGGACGUGAACCUCGCCAACUCCACACUGCCUCACAAAGUUGAGCUGCCUGUCGAGCAUUUGGGUGUCUGGAUAGACCCUAUUGAUGCGACUUCUGAAUACAUCAGGGGCAAGGAGACCCCAUCGACCAUUAAUGGUUUGUACUGUGGUGGCUUGCAGUGCGUCACCGUUCUCUUGGGAGUGUUCGACAGGUCGACCGGUUGUCCAGUGAUGGGUGUUGUAAACCAGCCUUUCUUCAUUCAUGAUGAUGACAGGUGGAUCGGAAGAUGUAUGUGGGGGAUAAGUCACAAUGAUACAAAUCUAAACUGCAUUCCCAAACCAGAUUUAUCACCUAAGGGAAAGGUGGUGCUGGUAGGCUCCGGCGAGUCGGAGGAGCUGCGAGAGAAGCUGCGAGCGUCGGGGGCAGUGGUGGUACGCGGUGUGGCAGGGGCGGGUCACAAACUGGUGGGUGUGGCGUUGGGGCUGGCGGACGCGUACGUGCUGACGCGGCCCACCACCUUCCUGUGGGACACGUGUGGACCGCACGCGCUGCUGCUCUCGCAGGGCGGCGGUGUCGCCAGCUGUGCCAAUCCGGGCACGCAGCUCAUCUACACUGGGAAUGUUGGCACCUGCAACGAGGGUGGCAUCGUCGCGUACCGUGACCGCACCUUCCUGGAGGCUCUGCUUGACCGUGAGCUGCAGGAGUCGGUCCUGCCGCUCGACCCGCAGGCAUCUGGCGACCCACAGGCAUCUGGCGAUCCACCCCAGUGAGACCCCGUAACACCUCGGAAAGUUCUGCCUGGCGACUGCGGACAGUUACAUUUUUCCCGCCAUUUUAAUGUCAUUAUCCCAAAAGUGAAUGAAGUUGUUUCACAGACUACAGUGGAGUCUGCUGUGACAGCAGAUGAAAAUUAUAUGCCUUAAUACAAUUUUAACUGUUGUCUACUCCCGAAUGCAUUACAAUCCCUGGUGAUACAGUCUGCCCCUUUGGCCCGAUCUCGUAUGCCUCACUGCCGAGUGAAAAGUGUUUUAGAGAUAGUGAACUGGAGGUGAUGCAUUUGCAAACGUACCUGUAUGUAUAAAGAUUCAAAUUGAUGAUCUCAUGCCUUUUUUUAGUGAUUUUUUUUUUGUUUGCAAAAUGAAUAUAGCAAUUACAAAUGACCAUAACUAUUUAAUGAGUACUGAUACAUUGAUAAGCAUUCCAAGAAUGUAAAAUAAAAAAAAGUCGAGAAUAUUUUACGUAAUGUAUAUUAGUUACCUUUGGUCAUACAGACAACAUUUCAGCAGUAAUCAGUUCUGAAGAAUUAGAGUUGUACAUUUGAGUUCUGGAAUUGUUUUUGGCAAAGGCACAUAUAUAAUAUCUUCAACAUAACCCCAUAAAAGGAAAUCCGUGGGUAUCACGUCUGGAGAUCUAGGUAGCCGAGAACGAAACGCAGUGUCAUCAUGUCCAGUACAACUUAUCUGCAAUGGUUUGGAAGAUGUCGAUUUAAAAAUGUGUGAACUUCAACAACCAUUGGAACACUUCAUCUUGCUGAAACGUGGUAUCGAUAUAAGCUAUGGAAUCAGCCAUUGCUAAACCACGUCUAGGUAAAGAUAUCUCAAAAUGCAUUGUUCUGCACCCAAAAAUUGACUUUACAGUUUUUGUACUGACAUCACACAGAACACAUUAGCCUCCGGUGAAUCGCACAGAUGUUCUGUUAAGCAUGAAGGCUUUUCUGUACCUGUAUUUGAAUGUUGUCCCAGUUAACCCUACCACUUAUGUGGAGGGUUGCCUCAUUGCUAAAAAUGAGAUCUGCAGCAAAUGUUCCUUCCUCCAUGGCUUCCAACAUUACCAUUGCAUAAUUCUGAUGGUUAUAAUCAUUUGUAAUUACUGUAUUUAUUUCGAACUGUUCUGUACAUGUGUAUAGUAGUGUCACAUCUACAUUGAGGAGGUAGUGUUACCUUGCCAGAUGAUUAAUCAGUCAGUUGUAAUACUGAAUCCUCAUUUCUGUCCUGUCAUUUUUUUUUCUCUGCAAGUGGAAGAUCCUUAUGGCGGACAAGGAAGUGCAAUAAAGAAGCAGUAUAUUUAGUACUGCAUAUAGACUCAUGUAAAAGCACAUGGCACUAUUCUAGCAUUGGAGCUCUCCUGUGUCUUGAGUGACCUAUCCUCCCUUUUUAACAUUUCCCAACCUUAUCCCUGUUUUCUCCUUGAGAAAGAAACCAAUAUUUCCAAAAGCUAGCAACAAGUAUGUUCCUUUAUGUGCGUCUGUUGGCAGUACUGCAUGUUUUGCUACCUGAAAAUUAUGUACUAGAACACUUCUGUCAUUAAUCUAUUUUUUAGUUUUCUCAAGUGAAUUUUCUUUUAAUAUAACAAAUGAGUGACAUUGUUUUGAUGUAAUUCAAAUGCUAGUCUUAUUUGAUUGUGAAAUUUUACAGAUUAUGAUCAGAUACUUGUCACACAUAUGUAGCCGUUCUAUUCUUCAUAUAUUCAUUAAACAUGUCAGAGGUUCACGUUGAUGCACAGUUUCUCUUGAAUCAAAAUGUUACUGAUUUUAUUAGCCAGUAUCAUAUGAGAAAGGAGAUGUGAUUUUUAUAACUGAAGUUAUCAGUUAUUAUGUACGCUUUAUGGUGACAGAUCUUGGCCAAUUUACAAGUACAUGAGUGUAGAAUUUUAUUGUUCAGCAAAACAAAUUGAAUACUUGAACAGGGUGGCAGCACCGUCAUGUUUAUGGCCAAGAAAUGAGGAGGGGAGGCAGAACAGCGUACAUUUGGUAAUUUUGCAAGUGGAACACUGCCACACGCUACACAUCUCUGCUUCAGUGCCCUGCAUAGCACAAUGGUCAACCAUUGAGUGGCAUGUGAAUAAACUACUGGCCACUUCACUUCUGAUACUUCAUAUUUUCAAAAAAAUUUAAUUUAGUUUGUCUUUUUUGAAAAAGUGGAAAUGUCAUCUAGUUGUGAUAUAACAACUCGUUUAUUCUGGCUCCUUUCAAAAAUAAAUUUUUUAGACAGAACAAUUUUUCUCACAGGUGGAGAACAUUGUAUGUGGAUGGCGAUUAAAGAAUGUCUGAAUGGUGAUGCAGCUUAGGGUACUAGCUGUUUCACACUGAAGCCAUCCACGCAGGUGGACCUUCAUACGAGAGAGAUCAUCCUCAGAAACAGAACAAAAUCAAUUUCUGUAUAACCUAUUCAAAUAGAAACAAUGCUGGUAGUGGUUGCGUAGCCAAGUGCCUAUCAGUUUGAGCAUAUUUGAGGGCUUGGGUUCUGUGCUAAUCAUGUGAAUUUUUUAUAAUAUAUACAAAUAUAUAACUGAAACUAAGGGCGAAGACUACUGAAUUUAUUAGACAGUGCAAAAUUAACGUACAACAAACCUAUAGUGCCAAAUGUUAAUGACUUAAGUUUCGCCUGAAAUUUAUUGAAAAUUGAAAGCUGCUUUGGAAAGGUUUGCAUACAGUGUCCAUUGUGCAGGAAUACUUAAUGUUACCAGUUCUGUUUUCAAGACCACACUCAUUCUGAAAAUUAUAGAUCAUUACUUAAUAAGUAAAUUUGUAUGUGUUUGCAGCAUCAUAAUAUGAAAGCAAUUGCAUUUUUUCUCUUUCUAACUGACGUAAUGAAGGUGGUUACGAUAAGUGAAAAUAGAACAAGUAAAAAGAGAAAGAGGGAAGAAAAUCAAAACUUACUUCUGACUAGGAUAGAAGCUGUAUCCCCGCACUGUGUGAGCUUGCAACAUUGCACAAUAUGCUAUAGUGCUCUUCCAUAUAUUGUGGUCAUUCUCAUGGAUGGUCCGCUUUCUGAGAACAAUAUAUCCUUAACAAAGGCACACCAGGGUGAACAACUAUAUAUCUGGCACUUCAAACCACAUCACCGACAAUCCAUUAUCCGAUCUUCACCUUACACCCCACACCCUCCCCUUCUGUGCUAGGUGUGAAGUUCACUUCUGUUCAACUUCAACUGUAAAGGCCUCCAAAAGUUGGUAUUUCCAUCUGUUAUUCAUAACACCACAGAAAUUGCUACUACAUCAUACAGUUAAUCAUGUUGUUAAACGCACACAUAUUGAUUAUUGUUUGGGGUAAAUACUUAACCACCACACAUUUCAGCAUUGUGUCCCUCCUGCUGAAAUUUGUACUUGUGCUUCCUCAGCUUGAACCCUUUCCUUGGUGUCUAGGGUCUUUUUACAUCCUGAGGCUCUUUUAACUACAAAGAAACGGUCUUAUCAUGAACAUAGGGUACUCAUCCUCCAGAUAUGCUUUUUAUGGAUUUUUCAUUAUAACUGG